AUGGCCUUGUGGAGGCUGUUGGGCAUUUCCACCUCAGCCGUGGUCGUCUUGACCAGCCUCGCUUAUCUCCUCCUCGUCGCCUCCCUCUCCACUUCCCCCUCGGAUCCAACCAGGCAUCCACUGUUCGACCCGUCUGCCUCGUCAUCUAAGCACCCUCACAGACACUUUCAGGCGCCUGCAGAAAAUCCCUGGGCAGAGCUGGACGAGGUGGAAGCGUCGCAGGUGUACCUCUGGCUUCAGAAGAAUACUAAUAUAUUCAACUCAACCGAUGACCGCGCGGGUGGGAGUCGAGGGGACAACAACCCGCUGAAUCUUAUCGAACUGCUCCGGCCCAAUAAAUCUAGUGUGGUUGACUACCUGGACCACAAUGGCCCUGUCCCCGAUCGCUGGGCUCGCCUCUCUGCCGUCGAGACUAAGGGCGACGACGCCUUCAUUGUCGAAUACAUGGUCGGUCCGCUGCCACCCUCCAACAAUACCCAGAUUCUCCCCUUGACGUACUGCCACAAUUCCGGCCGCAACUAUGUCCAGAGCCCUGUCUCGGAUGUCUUUGCGCUGCUGGAGUGGGCGCUGUCCAUCGGCGAGAACGCAUCCGAUGUCACCCAGGAGCUCUUGGGCGCAAAAACGAACCGAGACGAUCUCGACGAUCCCAAUGGGUUGGUCAUGGGCUCCAGACCUGCACUCAUCGAGUCUGGCCGUAUGGUACACUGGCUGGAGUUUUUCGGGCCGGGCAUGAAGUCCGAUGGCCGCAGCCUCUUGCCACAAGGCCUGUACGUCAAGCUGAACGUCCCCAACGCGAACCCGGAGUCCUGGACGACGAGCGAGUGGUUCUACAAUGGAGUUCUGUACGACAAUAUUACAAUGCUGCGGCAAGCUAUGGCGUCGCCCCAGUUUGAGCGUCUGACGGUCAACGAGGACGGGGAGUGGACCGACACUGAAGACCUCAGCACGUCGACCCCAGAGCGAGACAUGCCGCCACCACUGUCGAUUCAGCCGUACGGCCCUCGUUACCAUCUGGACCGGUCCGAGAAGUACAUCUCGUGGAUGGGCUUCUCGUUCUACCUGUCGACCUCGCAGGCCACGGCGCUCUCGCUCUUCGACAUCCGCUACAACAACUCGCGCCUCAUGUACCAGCUCGGCCUCCAGGAGGCGCUGGCCCACUACGCCGGUGUCGAGCCCAUGCAGUCCGGCCUCGAGUUUUUGGACACCUUCUUCGGCAUGGGCAAGAUGAUGUUCAGCCUCGUCCCGGGGCUGGACUGUCCCGGCCACGCCGAGUACCUCGACAUGUCGUACCACCGGGGCGGCAAGAUGUAUACGAACCGCAACGCCAUCUGCGUCUUUGAGUACACGUCGGACGCGCCGUUGCAGAGACACACCUCGGCCUUUAGCGCGACCGUCAGCAGAAACACGUACCUUGUGGUGAGGAGCGUGAGCACGGUGGGAAACUAUGACUACACGAUCGACUAUAUCUUCUACCUCGACGGCUCGAUCGAAGUCAAGCUACGGGCCAGCGGCUACAUCUUCGGCGCGUUUCACGCGGAGCCACGCUCGUCGUCACCACUCCGACGGGACUCAUCCACCAACGAAUACGGGUACCGUGUGCGGCCGGCCCUGCACACCUCGAUGCACGACCACGUGGUCAACUUCCGCGCGGACCUGGACAUCUGCGGCACGGCCAACACGGUCGUGCGGACGUCGAUCGAACCCCUCGAGCGGGCCUAUGACUGGGACCAGCCCGAGGUGUCGGGCCCGCGCAACACGAUGCACAUGGUGCACACGCCCGUCAGGCACGAGACGGGGCUCAACUGGCCGCGCAACGCCGGGGAGAUGUUCCUGAUCACGUCGCCGAACAGCACGAACAAAUGGGGCGAGACGCGGGCGUACCGCAUCCUGCCGGGCACGGGGAUGGGCAACCCGGCGCACCUGACGGUGGUCAACUCGACGGCGCUGGGCAAGGCGGCCGCCUGGUCCACGGCGGACCUGUGGGUGCUGCGCAACCACCCGGCGACCGAGCCCGGGUCGGCGCACCACUACAACGCGCUCGAGCCGCUGACGCCGCUGGUCGACUUUACCCGGAUGGUCGAGGACCGCGAGGCGGUCGAGGAGGAAGACCUCGUGCUGUACUUCAACCUGGGUGGUCACCACGUGCCCAGCAGCCAGGACAUCCCCAACACGCUGAUGCACACGAGCGCCAGUUCCGUGCUGUUCAUGCCCUUUAACUACUUUGACGACGACGUCAGCAAGCCGCUCCGGCAAGGCGUACGGGUUGAUCGAAGCCGCCACGGCGCAUCACAGGUGAAGGAGGACGACGGUGCUGCGAAGGAAGAAGUGCGACGAACCCCGACGAACCGCGCCGCCCGAUCCAACCACGCAGCAGCAGCGGUCAAACCGGAGGAGAUGGGCAAGAAGACCCCUGCUACCACUCAUGAUACUACUAACGCUGACGACCCCCACGACGGCAUCUCCUGGUUCGGCGCGCGGUAUACCGCCCCCGUGCUGGUGACGGAGCAAAUGCUCUCGCCCGACCUGAGCCAAUACAUGAAGGAGCGGGACGACGGGGAGCAAGGGGGCUGGAAGACGGUGAGGAACAAUGUCGGCGGCGGGCUGUACGGGUUGUUUGUCGGCAAGCAGAGAGAGCAGGGGCAGGGAAGCGGAGGUCCACGAGAGCGCGAAGGCGGCGCGCGGCUUGAUUGGUGA